CCGCAGUCCUCCCUCCUUAUUGUCCUUCGUCGCUGCCGACCGCCCCAGCCCCCUCGCUCCGUCGCCCGUCUUCCUUCCUCCUCGCGCUAGCGCCGCCAGCCCGCCAUCGCCGAAAGAUGAUAAACCUUUUCAAGAUUAAGGGACAGAAGAGGGAAGAGGCUGCAAAUUCAAAUGGGGGUCCUCCUGUUAAGAAGCAAAGUCCAGGGGAAUUGCGUCUCCAUAAAGAUAUUGCUGAGCUUAACCUUCCAAAGACAACUAAAAUUUCCUUUCCUAAUGGAAAGGAUGAUCUCAUGAACUUUGAGGCUACUCUAAGACCUGAUGAAGGAUACUAUGUAGGUGGGACUUUUAUGUUCACCUUCCAAGUACCUCCUUCCUACCCUCAUGAGGCUCCGAAGGUCAAGUGCAAGACUAAGGUUUAUCAUCCUAAUAUUGACCUAGAAGGAAAUGUCUGCCUGAAUAUUCUGCGAGAAGACUGGAAGCCUGUCUUGAAUAUCAACACCAUAGUGUAUGGUUUGAACCUUCUUUUCUCGCAACCUAAUGACGAGGACCCUUUGAAUCAUGAGGCUGCGGCUGUCCUCCGAGACAACCCACAAAAGUUCCAGAGAAAUGUUCAAAUGGCAAUGUCAGGUGGUUAUGUUGAUAACACCCAUUUCCCAAGGUGCAAGUAAGGCCUGCUACUUUCCCAAAAAAAAGGCCUGCUACGUGGUGACCUGAUUCCCUCGUCUGCCCACCUACCCUGAAUGUGUGACAAGCCCAGGAAAUGUGUCACAGUUGUGAGAUGUUACUAUAUGUUAAGCUUGGUUGGGUGGAUGUACUGGACUCGUGUAAGUUGAAUUAAGCAGCAAAAACUCGUCUAUAUUUGAGCUGAAAAGUCAGCUGAUGUUUGGAACCCAGCAACCAUAAGUCUGAAACUGAUCUUGGCAAAAAAGGUUAUCUCUUCUGCUCUAUGCGAUUCUCA